GCAGAGCCCUGGCGUGGAAGCCCUCACCGUAAGGACCGGCAUUCCCAACGUCCCGCCGGGCCGCCUCGCAGCUUAAGGAGGGCGCGGCCCUGCCGCGGUGCGCCCACCCUCAUCCCAGCGGGUGCCGACGCCCCCAUCCACGCUCUGUGCGCGCCUCCGGCCCCGCCCCCGCCUCGACGUGCCCCCCGCGCGCCGCGCCCCCCGCCCACCCGACACGCCCAGCCGCCCCGCCCGGCAGCCGCGGGCCUGGAGCUGCCCCACGGGCCUGAGCGACCCUCGCAGCCGCAGCGUCCUCCUCCGCCGCCAUGGACGUGUAUCCCCCGCACCGGCUGGGGCUGCUCCGCGGGCGGUUCCCCGGCGGCCCCGGCCGCGGGUCGCCCUCCGUCAGCUGCAGCCGACUCCGCCAGGUUCAGAGCAUCUUGACCCAGAGCAGCAAGUCUCAACCCGAUGGGAUCCUCUGCAUCCUAGGAAUCGAUAGCAGGUACAAUGAAGGCUGCAGAGAGCUGGCAAAUUAUCUUCUGUUUGGUUUGUACAAUCAGAAUGCAAGUGAUUUUGAGAAAACAGGGUUUUCUGAAGAAGUUCUAGAUGAUGUAAUUAUAUUGGUAAAAUCAGAUAGUGUCCAUCUGUACUGUAAUCCUGUAAACUAUCGCUAUCUCUUACCCUAUGUGGCACAUUGGAGAAAUCUGCAUUUCCAUUGCAUGACCGAAAAUGAGUAUGAAGAUGAGGAAGCUGCAGAAGAAUUUAAAAUUGCCAGCUUUGUGGACAUGGUUCGAGACUGUAGUAGAAUUGGCAUUCCUUACAGCUCCCAAGGUCACUUGCAGAUAUUUGAUAUGUUUGUAGUAGAGAAGUGGCCAAUUGUACAGGCCUUUGCACUUGAGGGCAUUGGAGGGGAUGGAUUUUUUACCAUGAAAUAUGAGCUGCAGGAUGUGAGUUUGAAUCUAUGGAACGUCUACAGCAAGAUGGAUCCUAUGUCUCUGGAGAGUUUGCUUUCAGAAGAUUUGGUGGCUUUUGAACAUCAGUGGACUAGCUUCUUUGCUAAUUUUGAUACAGAAAUUCCUUUCCUGCUGGAACUUUCUGAAUCUCAAGCGGGUGAGCCAUUCAGAAGUUACUUCAGUCAUGGAAUGAUCUCCAGCCAUAUAACUGAAAACAGCCCUAAUAGGCAGCCAUUCGUUCUCUUUGGUAAUCACUCCACACGAGAAAACCUGAACGCUGGCAACUUUAACUUCCCUUCUGAAGGGCACCUGGUACGCAGCACUGGUCCCAGUGGGAGCUUUGCCAAACACAUGGUAGUACAGUGUGUCUCACCGAAGGGGCCCCUUGCCUGUUCAAGAACAUACUUUUUUGGAGCUACCCACGUUCCUUACUUGGGUGAUGAGAGUAAGCUGCCCAAGAAAACUGAACAAAUUAGGCUCUUGUCCCAGGUGUAUGCUGCUGUUAUUGAGGCUGUUUUGGCUGGCAUUGCAUGUUAUGCUAAAACUUCCAGUCUAACAAAGGCCAAGGAGGUAGCUGAGCAGACCCUGGGAUCCGGGUUAGAUUCCUUUGAUUUAACACAGUUUAAGGCAGGCCUACGCUCCAAGAUGACUUUUCAUAUACAUGCUGUGAAUAAUCACGGAAGGAUUGUGCCUCUGGACAGUGAAGAUAGCUUAUAUUUUGUGAAGACGGCUUGUAUGACUGUCUAUGACAUUCCUGACUUGCUGGGAGGAAGGGGGUGCUUAGGGUCUGUGGUCUUCUCAGAAUCCUUUUUGACAUCUCAGAUCUUGGUUAAAGAAAAGGAUGGCACUGUUACCACAGAAACCAGCUCCAUAGUCCUGACAGCCGCCAUACCCAGAUUCUGCUCCUGGCUGGUAGAAGAUAAUGAAGUAAAAUUGUCUGAGAAAACCCAGCAAGCAGUUAAGGGGGAUGCCUGUUUCCUGGGCACUUUUCUAACAGGAGGAGAAGGAGCAUAUCUUUAUUCCAGCAACCCACACUCCUGGCCUGAGGAAGGGAAAGUGCAUUUCUUCUCUAGUGGUCUUCUGUUUUCUCACCGUCAUCACGGAAGUAUCGUCCUUUCCAAGGAUCACAUGAAUUCCAUUUUAUUCUAUGAUGGGGAUUCCACCAGUGUUGUUGCUGCCCUUCUGAUAGAGUUCAAAAGUUCUCUGCUUCCUCAUCUCCCAGUUCAUUUCCAUGGAUCAAGCAAUUUUCUGAUGAUUGCCCUUUUCCCCAGAUCAAAGAUAUACCAAGCAUUUUACUCAGAGGUCUUCUCCCCCUGGCAACAGCAGGCUAACUCAGGGCUGUCUUUAAAAGUGAUCCAGGAAGAUGGAUUAUCUGUGGAACAAAAGAGAUUACACUCCAGUGCGCAGAAGCUCUUCAGUGUCCUGAGCCAUUCUGCUGGGGAGAAACGGAGUCCUCUAAAGCUACUCCCAGCCAAACUCCCAGAGCUGGACUGGUUUCUUCAGCAUUUUGCCAUCAGCAGCAUUAGUCGAGAGCCUGUGAUGAGGACCCAUCUCCCAGUCCUGCUACAGCAAGCUGAAAUCAACCCUUCUCACCGAGUAGAAAAUGACAAGGUGACUAUCAGCAUUGUAACUGGCCUCCCAGGCUGUCAUGCUAGCGAGCUCUGUGCUUUCCUGGUCACUCUGCAUAAGGAAUAUGGCAGGUGGAUGGUAUACCGCCAAAUCAUGGACAGCUCCGAAUGUUUUCAUGCUGCCCACUUCCAGAGAUACCUUUCCAGUGUCCUGGAGGCCCAGCAGAACCGCUCUGCCCGCCAGUCAGCCUACAUCCGCAAGAAGAUUCGACUGCUAGUGGUGUUGCAAGGCUACACAGAUGUCAUUGAUGUUGUCCAGGCCCUGCAGACCCAUCCAGACUCAAAUGUCAAGUCCUCCUUCACCAUUGGUGCCAUCACGGUGUGUGUGGAGCCCCUGAGCUGCUACAUGGACCACAGAUUUCUCUUUCCUAAAUGUCUUGACCAGUGUUCACAAGGCCUGGUGAGUAAUGUGGUAUUCACCAGUCACACCACGGAGCAGAGGCACCCUCUCCUUGUCCAGCUGCAGACCCUCAUCAGGGCUGCCAAUCCUACUGCAGCCUUCAUUCUUGCAGAAAAUGGGAUUGUCACCAGGAAUGAAGACAUUGAGCUGAUUCUCUCAGAAAAUAGUUUUUCAAGUCCUCAGAUGCUGCGAUCUCGAUAUUUAAUGCACCCUGGCUGGUAUGAAGGUAAAUUUGAUGCUGGAUCAGUCUUUCCACUAAUGGUUCAGAUCUGCGUAUGGUUUGGUCGUCCUUUGGAGAAGACUCGUUUUGUGGCCAAGUGUAAAGCAAUUCAGUCUUCCAUCAAGCCAAGUCCCUUCUCUGGAAACAUCUACCACAUCCUGGGCAAAGUGAAGUUUUCAGACUCUGAGAGGACCAUGGAGGUCUGCCACAACACUCUGGCCAAUUCCUUGAGCAUCGUCCCAGUUUUAGAAGGACCCUCGCCACCACCUGAUUCCCGAAGCACACCUCAGGACAGCAACGGACAGCAGGAGAGCUACCUCGUGUUCAUUGGCUGCUCCCUGAAGGAAGAAAGCAUCAAGGACUGGCUGCGGCAGUCAGCUAAGCAGAAGCCACCGAGGAAAGCCCUGAAGACCAGGGGGAUGCUGACCCAGCAGGAGAUCAGGAACAUCCAUGUGAAACGCCACCUGGACCCCCUGCCUGCAGGCUACUUUUACAAUGGCACCCAGUUUGUCAACUUCUUUGGUGACAAGACUGAUUUUCACCCACUCAUGGACCAGUUCAUGAAUGACUACGUGGAAGAAGCCAACCGGGAAAUCGAGAAGUAUAACCGGGAGCUGGAGCAGCAGGAGUAUCACGACCUCUUUGAGCAGAGGCCCUAGGGGAAGGCUGUGCCGUGCAUCCUGCAGAACGUCCACCCUGGAGGAAGAAGCACAUAGACGAAACCAGCAAAGUUUCCAGUAAUGUAUAGGGGUUUUUGAUAAAGGCCCCUGGCCCAGAGGAGAGACAGAGAAAGGAUGGAGCACAUGUGGUCUGUGUGCCUGAUCACUCAGAGGCCUCCAUGCAAGUAGCAAAGCAAAGGCUUGUCAGUAAAAUGUACUUGUAUUAGAAAAAAAAUAAUCUGAAGCCAAAUGAACAAAACUCCAAAUACCACUGAAUAAGAACUCUUGCAUGAAGAAAGCCUUCUGAAAAGGCCUGUGUGCUCCAGUCCCAGCUCCCAAAGCUGGUGGUGACAAGGGCCCAGAUGUGGAGCCCAAGUCAGGGAGCACCUCACUUCUGGUUGGCCAGAGGCUGGGGUCCACAAUGGACCUGCCUCUGCUUCAGAAUCAAUAACAUAGAUCUUAAGUGCAAUUGAUGAAAUAAGCAAUGAGUUACUGUAGCUUCUUUUAGCUCUACCGAGCUCUUUUUAAAAACUCAAACUUGAGCAGCCUUAGAAAAG